CCGGCAUAUCAGUAUAAAACCUGUACUGAUAGCGUGCGGACGGAAUGGUUACUCGGCGACCAACGAUGUCGAUCCACAGAUUCGAACGGAUACGGUGUGUAACCCUGCUGGUGCCGCUGCUGCUGGCGCUCUUCCUUGCGGCUGUCCCGACUGCCAGUGCCCAUCAGUGUUUCUGUGGUGUGCGCCGAGCGCAGAACGAAACGAUCUACCCGGACGUACCGAUCGAACCGGGCGAGUGGCCAUGGCACACGCUCAUCUACUACUGGUCCGGCUCGCGGCUUGACCCACCGGCCAAGAUCUGCGAGGGUGCACUCAUCGACGAGCGGUUCGUGCUGGCCGCGGCCCACUGUCUGACCGUGCGCGGCAGAUCCGAUGGCGAGCUGCUGCCCUCGGAUCAGCUCGUUGUGCACGUCGGCGUUGUGUCGGUGCAGCAGGAUAACGAGCGUUCGCGACGGUUCCAAGUGCGCAAUGUCACGGUGGAAGAUGAGUCGGACCUGGCACUGAUCGAGCUGCAGCUAGGUGAGCCGCGAACCGCCGUACCGAAGCUGAUGCCCGAUUCGAGUGCCUCCAGCGACGAGGAUGGCAGUGGCGGUGGUGUCGAUGUCUCGGAAAAUUUGCUGCCAGUGGUGGCUGAUAGUGGCGGUUGGAAACCAAUUCCAGUGUGUCUGGUCGAUGCACUCGAUCUGACCACCCUGUAUGGCACGGAAAUGUACAUACUGAACCAGAGCCAGCGGAAUCGCCUGGGGGGCUAUGAGCCGGUACGGUUAAUACUGAACGAAUUUCUGCUCUGCUCCGGAUCUACGCUCGCCAUGAAGUCACGGUCGAUCAAUGGAACGACCGUUUCCUUCACCAUCAAAGAUCUCAACCUACCGAGCAACGAUAGGGGUACGGCACUAUACUUCAAGCACCAGGGCACGUGGAGCCUGCUCGGCUUUACCGUGUCCCGGGCCAGCCGCCAAUGGACGCCCGGUUCCGUCUGUCUGCCGAACGAUAUCAUUUCCUUCGAUUGUCUCUAUCCGGCACUGGACUGGGUGAUGGAAAACUUUGGCGACACCAACAGCUAGGGCUACGGAUGGUGGAAAAGUGCUAUUAUGUGUGGGUUUUGGACCGACCGAUCGGUCGGUACUGGUGCUUGCCGCCCAAAGCCUCUGGUGAAACAAUAAAUAGCGAUUGUGCCAUGCGGAGGGUCGCUAUACCACUCGGUCGCUAAAGAUCUUCAA